AUGUACUUUACUCCCCCCACCACAUCGAAGCUUGCGGCCCGUGUAAAUAACGUGAGCUUCAAGGAAUACGUUAGUUCUGGCAAGGAUCGCUGCGUGAAUGUGGUGCUCUGCGAGGAUGCUGCUGCCGGGACUGUUGUCAUAGUAGCCGGCACCUGCUUGGGACUGAGCAGCUUUACGGGGUCACCUAUUUUUGACGCCGCAGGAUCGCUUGUCAUUGGCGGUCUGCUGGGCGCUGUGGCCUCUUUCAUUAUAUACACCAAUGCCAAUGCUCUGGUGGGUGUCUCCAUUUCAACCGACCGUCUUGAGAAGAUCAACACUGCGUUGGAGGCUGAUGUAAUGAUCCGAGCCAUCUAUGAUGUCAAGGGCAUUGACAUUGGUAAUGCUCGUGUGCGCUAUAAGGCUGAGCUUGACUUUGAUGGUCGCGAGUUGACGCGCUCGUAUCUGGACAAGCAGGAUCUCGCCAAGCUACUAACGACUGUUCGUGGGUUCCAAAAGGUGGACGAUCUGGAGACCUUCCUGCUCGCCCAUGGCGAAAACAUUGUGGACCUGAUGGGCGGUGAGAUCGAUCGCAUUGAAAUGAAUCUGCGGACGCAAUUUCCGGAAAUUCGACACGUGGACCUUGAAAUACUCUAGGACAGGUUCCCUACCCUGUGGGACUGUUGAAUACAAACAAAAAGCAUUAGUAUCAUUAACAUUAAAUGUGUUGGGCCUGGAUAUUUCUAAGGUCGUCUGGCUGAAGUGAAGGAUACCCGGCUAUGAGUUUGUAGUUGAAUUAAGUGUGCUUUUUUAAUCCCAUGCCCCGUUGAAACCAGUGAGAGCUAUGUACUAUAAUAAUAUAAAUAUAAAUGCAAUUAACUAUAAUGUGUGUUUGUACGAAUUAAAGGUCCAAAUCGAUGGUCGACGAA